AUGGCCUCGAUCAAAGACCUCGUGCAAGACACUUUGCACAAAAUAGCACAACGAUUUCGAGAAGCUGAGAGCUCGACACAGCUGUGUACCACCGUCGUUCUCAUUAUCACGAUCUACAUUCUCACCACCAAGAUGUCUCGCAUCCUCAGCCACGCCAAGACCGGUCUAUACCACGCAACAGAAACGCUCAGCAUUCCACUACAAUCGGGCUCCUCCACCACCCUCUCAUCCCUAGUCCAAUCCGUCCUCUCGCCCUGUAAGCUCAACCCCCUCCUCUUCAACGGCGACGCCCAAACCGCCGCCACUCAGUUCCUGUCCCACAACAUCCUCGUCCACUACAAACGACACAUCUUCGAGCAAGAAGACCCAGCCUACGCAGGACAAUUUGCUGUUGACUUCGUGGUCCGCCCUCCACCGUCAUCCGCCAAACCCAAUGAGCCUCCUCCGGAGGAUCUCCCACCGCGCACGACCUUCUUCACCGCCCCCGAAUGGUCCACCUUCAGCACCGGCAGCACCGAUACCACACCCAUGCUCGUCGUCCUACAUGGCCUCAGUGGGGGCUCGCACGAGCUGUACCUGCGUGCUUUUCUGGAGCCGCUUGUCUCUCCCCUCACCUCUUCCGCCAAGCCCCUCAAUGCCCCUGACCCCGCCUGGGAAGCCUGCGUCCUGACCUCCCGCGGCUGCGCACACACCACCCUCUCCACGCCCAUCCUCUACACGCCCGCGCCACCUGGGAUAUCCGGCAAGUUGUCAAGUGGUGGCAACAUCCUGGUGAACUACCUGGGCGAGGAGGGCGAGAAGUGUGAGCUAGCUGCCGCGGUAGUUGUCAGCAGCGUGUGGAACCUGGAAGUCAGCGCGCUGGCAUUGGCGCGGAGCUGGUGGGGCACGAAUAUCUAUCUGCGUGCUUUGGGAUCAAGCAUGAAGAGGUUGUUUGCGCGGCAUGAGCAUAUGAUUAAGCAGGUGCCAGGGAUAGACGUGGAGAAGGUCCGGACUUUGCGAUACUUGAAUGAGUUUGACCGCUAUGUUCAGUGCGCGACCUGGGGCUACCCCUCCGAAGCGGCUUACUACCGCGACGCCAGCAGCGUGGACGCUAUGCUCGGUGUGCGUAUUCCACUGCUGGCGAUCCAUGCUCUCGACGAUCCCGUGGUGUGUGAUGAGGUGUUGCCGUACGAGGAGAUCAAGCUACGCCUCAUCUGCAUUCCUCCAGAAGAUGGCGAAGGAGGUGAAGCUAGAUCAGCUUUCGCGGACGGAGCUGGGAUGGCUGAAGGGUAA